AGUGACGUGGCGAUUUAGACGUGUCUGUUUAGAUUUAAUUGUUCGAUGUUUUAGAAGGAUCAAACAGAGAAACAGAACAAUUGUUUAUAGAUCCAUGCAUAACUUAAAACUUCUUAGUAAUGGCAAAGGGUCAAAUGCAAAAGGAGCAGUCGAAUGGCGCGAGGCCACCUGAUGAAGAGAAAGAUCCUUCAAAAACUGCUGAUCACCCUGGGUCGUAUAACGACGAAGAUGAGGCUAAGAAGCUGUCAGAAGCUGUUGGUGGUAUUGAACCAAUCUUCGUUCCUGAGGAUAUAAAACAGGGUGAUAAAAGCAGCCGUUUGUGGGGGAAUAGUGAUGUGGAUUGUCCAAAGCCAGAGGUGGACACAAAGUCGGGCAGUCGUCCGCCUCCAAAGGUGUACAGGUCUUUGUCGCAAAACACUGGUGAAGACUCAAAGAUAUUCGGAACAGCUCAUUCUGAUGAAGGCAUACACGCAUUACACACAUCUUUAAAUAGCAAACGUUAUGCAUGUGAUCCAUCUAAACUUGAAUUUGGUGGUAUACGACUCAGUGCCACAGCCUCAGGUGACGUUCCUGAAGAGAGAUCAGGAGAUAGGCCAGCAUACACAUGUACAGAUGCAGGUGGUGCUGAUUCUGCUAUAAGUGGCUCUACUGAAGACCAGUCUUAUUCAGAAAAAGGACCAUUCAUUGUGAAAACAAACGACCAGCGAAAGGAUUACAGACGUAAACAUGCUGAUUUGCGGAAAAAGGCUAAGACCAGCAACAAACAGAGGAUGAUACCGAGGACAGAAAGUGACUGUUUGUCUGAUUUCUGUUUCCAUCCAGAACAAAAACAUGAUUGGAGCAAUCAUGGUAUGAAUAAAAAGCAAAUUUACAACUAUACAGCACCAAGAACUGGUCAUAUAUUUCAGCGUGAAAGACAUACAAAUCAUUACAUGGAGUGUGGAACGUGCUGCCACAUCGGAGAUGGGUAUGUUCUGACGUGUUAUCAUUGUAUCGAGGAGUCUCUUAUGAAAUAUGGUUGGCCAAAUGAAUGGUGUUUGCAAAACGAUUUGACUGUAACCUUCCCUGAUGUCAGUACAUCACGUCCUGGAAGAAGGACACUUCCACUUCAGUACAGAUUUGAGCCGAAUUUACAUGCUCACUGUAAAGACCUAGAUUUUGCCUUGCUGAGAUUGGAUCAGGGUAACUAUGAACAGACUCCACCACAUUUCACCAGACAUACAGAGGUAAAUGGUGACCAGGAACACCCAGUGUACAUUGCUGGCUACCAACUCCAUCCUAAACACAUGUACGGCAAACUGGUUGUGGAUGCGUCUGCAUUGAAAUUUCCCCUCCAAGCACUCAACUUACAGUUUGUGGAAGGUUGGAGUAAACAACUGAAAGAAACGUUUCAAGUGAGCAUAGACCAACUUUAUAAAGGGCUUAGUCCAUGGAAUGCAACAUAUUACCCAAUAACAAGAUGCGGUCAUAACUUUCCCGUGUUGUCAUCCCUCAUCAAUGGAGCGUCCGGCGGAUUUGGUCUGACCAACUCUACCCAGGAUGACCAGCUGCCUGUGGUAAACUUCCUGUUCAGGGCCGGCUAUCCAGCUUUUUAUUACAUCAGUCAUUUUGAUGACUCCAGUUUUCAUCAUCAGUAUCAUAUACGGGAUAGUUUCCCUCCGUGUUGGACAUUUCAGGAGGGUGUUCCAAUAGGAACCAUUGUGGAAGAGAUCAGGAAAUCUCCAGACACAUCACUUAAUGCCAUUCCGUUUCUAUUGUCAAAUGUUUAGCUAUAGUGUAAUUACAUGUACAUACUGGUGAGGUAUGAUGCUGAAAAAGGAUCAAGCAGUGAAUGGAUUGUGCUGGGAAUAACAUCAUGCAAAAACAAAAUAAGAAUAGAAAAAAAAAUCACAUGCUUGUACUGUUUAGUAUCAUAGAUCCAUCACUAUCAGUGGGCUUGCUCGAUUUGCUAUCAACAUGCAUGUACCCACCAGCCGGCUGGCAAUGUGGUUUUCACUGGUGGGCUACCUGGCCUAUAUGCCAGAUUGUCUGCUGAUGUGUGACUAAAGAUUUAAUUUCACAACAUUUUGAUGAAUAGACUCUUAAAAGUUUAUUUAUAUGCUCCAUUAUUUUCAAUCUCCAGCUUAUAUGAUAUUCUGAGGUCUAUAUAUAGGGACAUGCUUUGUCAGCUAGGAUGCAUAUAGACAACUGUCAAAUUGAGAUCCAGUGUUUUACAACCUUUAUACAUGACAUAAUUUCGCUGCUACUUUGUUCAAUUUAUCACUAGCCAUUCACGUACUAGCAUAUGCUGGUUCCUACUAGCCAGCGACUUACUUCACAAAUCGAGGGGACCUAAUGUCUCUCACAGGUUAGCCAGUACAAUCCUUCUUUCGCUUUAGAUAGAUUAAACAUUACUUUGAGAAUAUUUAAGAUGAGUACAUCUUUGUUCUUAUUUCCAUUGUUUCUCACGGCAUGUACUCAUUAUACAGCUACUAAUUGUAAUUUAAGAGCUUUUAUACAUGUAAUAUGUUUGUUCCCUGUUUAGUAUUACUACAUAAUUGGAAUGGUUGUUUUUAAGGCAUUAAUAGUAUGCAGUCUUGUAGUCUUCAGUUUUGAUUGAUAUAACCAUUAUGAUCUUGCCAUUGAUAAGGAAAUAUCGGCAGCUUAUGACAAAUCUAUUUUUAGAUUCUGAUGCAACUGCUGGAAUUUGCUUUGAUAAUGGUUGAUUUCACUUUAAGUUAAAUGACUCAACUACUGACUAUUCCAGCAAAAUAAAGAAAAAACAAUUUAUAAAGCAUAAGGCAUUAAUAAUCUGCAGUCUUUUGAUCUCCAGUUUUGAUUGAAAUAACCAUUAUGAUCUAGCCAUUGAUAAGGAAAUAUCGGCAGCUUAUGACAAAUCUAUUUUUAGAUUCUGAUCCAACUGCUGAAAUUUGCUUUGACCAUUAAAAUUAAAUGACUCAACUACUGACUAUUCCAGCAAGAAUUUAUAUAGCAUAAGGGAAUCCCAUUAAUAAUCUGCAGUCCUGUGAUCUCCAGUUUUGAUGGAGAUUACCAUAAUGAUCUAGCGAUUGAUAAAGAAAAUGACAAAUCUUUUUUUAGAUUCUGAUGCAACUGCUGGAAUUUGCUUUAAUCAUAGUUAAGUUAAUUGGUGAUAACAUUUUAAGUCAAAUGACUCAUAUACUAACCAUUCCAUUUAUAGAAACUGAUGUGUUGACUUUAAUGUUUUGUCAGAUUUUUUUGUGCUUGACACUUUGUGUAUAUAUAUGUAUAUGAUAGUGCUGUUUGGUAAAGUUGACAACAUGUAUUUCUAUACUAUGAAAGGUUGUACUAAACCAGUCUAAACUAUGUACAUUUCAACAUUUACGUAUAACUGUUUCCCGUUUGCUUUAGAGGGUACAGAUUUAAUAUUAAAAUAGUCAUAUCUACCACAUAAUUUCACAAGUUAUUUAUCUGUUAACAUGAUUUUGCAGAGAUAUGUUUUAAGUUUUUAUGAUGUUAAUGAUAUUUUGGAAAGUAUUAGAUUUAGAAAGGUUCGUUA